UCCUUUGGAUUCAGGGCGAGCUGCCGAGAUGUCUCAGUCGAGAUGCCAGUUGAAAACCAGUAUGCCUCUGUCAAGUAUAGCCAGCAGGAGUAACUGGGGAGAGCAGAUUGGGUCAGGGUGAGUGAGGGUUUGGGAUUAAAGUAGUCUCCCAAAGCUUGGACACCUGGGCCCUAAGAUACGUAUGCCUGAGUGCGAAGUCUCCACAGGAGAGCAUCUCCUGCCUGUUUCCAGGACAGCUGGAAUUGCAUUUGGCCUUGAGUUGUCUGCCCCUACAAAUUCUUGCUAUUUAGCCAACCAGUUAUCGCCAACCCACCCCCCUCAGUCCCAGCAUGCUGCCCCAGUGGCUGUUCUAAGCUCUCACCCCUGUUUCCAGGUUUAUGCCGUCUCACCUGCUUCCCCCAGAGCAGGUGAACUUCAGGGAGUAGAUUGAGGCCAGUGGGUGUGGCUUCCCCAAUCUCACGUGUUGUCUAAUUCGAACUAGAAAUGUGAUUCUACGUGUGCAUUUUCUCUUCUUCACUCCAGUAUCAGAGGACAGUACUUCUCUCUCCUUCCUCCUCUUACUCUUCUCCUUUCCUCAUGGGUGUCUCUCUUGCCCUCAACCAGUAUUUUCCACUUGUUGCCUCAGUCUAUGAACAUACAGCUACACAGAGCUCCUCUUUCUCUCUUGAUGAAACAUGUUUCUCCCUCUUCUAAAACCUUUAGUUUUGAAAUAUGAAACAUAUUUGAAUAGUUGUAAAAAUAGUGUAAGAAGUCCUCUCUGCCCAGAUUGACUCAUUGUGAACAUUUUGCCAUGCCAGAUUUGGUUUAUUACAGUCAUGCGCCACGUAACCACAUGUUGGUCAAUGAUGGACAGCAUAUACGAUGGUGGUCCCAUAGAGGUAGUACUGUGUAGCCUAGGUGUGUAGUAUGCUCUAAAUCUAGGUUCGUGUAAGUGCCCUCUAUGAUGUCCAUGCAAUGAUGAAAUUGCCGGAUGAUGCGUUUCUCAGAUCAUGUCCCUGUUGUUAAGCAAAGCAUGACUUUAUAUGUUUGUUGAACCAUUUGAGAAUGAAUUAUAGACGUUUUGUCCUUAAAUACUCAAGUGUAUAUUUCCUAAGAACAGGACAUUUUCUCUUAUAAGUACAAUAUAAUAGUCAAAAGCAAGAAACAACGUUAGCUCAGUAUCAUCUAGGAAUGCAGAAUCCGUGUUCAAAUUUCACCAGUGUCCUGAUAAUGGCCCUUAGAUUUUUUUUUCCCAGUCUGAGAUCCAGUUCAGCAUCACCCAUUGCCUUUAGCAGUUGACUCUCUUUAGUCACCUUUAAUCUGGAACAGUUCCUUAGCUUUUCUUUGUUUUCCGUGACGCUGACAUCUUAAGACUAAAACACAGUUAUUUUGUAGAAUGUCCUGCAGUUUGGGUUUGUCUGGUCCUCAUGAUCCGAUUCAGGUUAUGCAUGUUUGUCAGUAAUACCAUCGAAGUAACGGGUCCUGAGUGUACACGCCAGGAGGCAUGUGAUGGUCUUUUGCUCCCUCAUUGAUGGUGUUAAUUUUAUCACUUGUUAGCCAAGACUUGAAAGCAAAACAGAAUGUACUCAUUUCCUUUAUACAUACCCAUGCUUCCUGUUCUGUAUAAAUGUGGCGAUAGACAUGCCUUUGGUUGGUGCAGCAUACUGUGCACUCUUUUCUGCGUCUUUCCUUACUGAUAGUACCUCAGGGAAGUCCCUCCUAGUCAGCUGCUGAAGGUCAGACUCACCUUUGGGUGCUUAGGUCAUGUUCUGAGGGCAGGUGUAUUGAUUUGUUCAGCCAUUCCUCUGAUAGCCAUUCACUUUAUUUUAUUUUUUGCUGCUAUGAAUGAUGCUGCAGCAACCCCUCAUGUACGAUGGUCAGUCACAGAUGAGUAGUUGAAAUCACUACCACCAUUCUACCCAUUCUGUUGAAAUAAGUCCUAGAGAUUGCCGUGAGCCUUUUUUGAAUUAAAAAAAAGUAGAGAAAUGCAUGAUUUAGACUAUAGAAAUCCUCCAUAACCUCACCUGCCAGAGAUAAGUGCCAUUACAUUUGGGGUGUGCCUUUCCAGGCUCUCUUUCUGUACCUGUGCCAACAUAUACAUGCGUAUAUUCUUAACAGAAAUGGACUUACAAAUAUACUUCUGCAGCUUUUUUCACUGGUGACCUUCACUUGCCGUGUUCAGUGGCCUUUUCUUCUCCUUAUCAUCUUGGCCCACUGUGAAGCAUCCCAUCCUCCUAGCUGACUCAUCCUGUCUCUUGUGUGUUUUCCCUCCUCUUUCUGUUGCCUAAAUAUAGCCAUGCCUCCAGUGUCAGUCUCCCUAUUUCCAGGUAUUUGUCUUUUAUUUCCAGUUGGAAAACCCAGUGUCAUGUGCAUUAAGCCACUUUCCCUCCUUGCUCCCAUUUCUGGAAACGUUUCUGGCCUUUCCCUCAGUUACCCUGGUUCUUGGCUUCCAAAUCUCCUUUCCUUGCCUCUUCUCUCUCCUUUGGUCCUUACAUCUGAGCUGUUGCCAAGACACUGUUAGGUUAGGACACUGUUGGCCAGUCUUCAGUCUUCCUCCUCCUUUCUCCCUCCAUCUUAUGCUGAUGAAUCUUCAUAAUUGCCCUUCAUCCUGUUCAGUCUUUCUGGUGAGAUAUUUACGAUUCUACAUUCUGCUUCCAAGUUUUAUUCUCUCUCUUCUCUCUUAUUAUUCCUUCCCUCACCCCUCACGCUCUCUCCCCCAGGAACCCUUUGUCAAACCAAGCUGGCUCAUUUUCUCUGUCCCCUGAGCCUGUCCAGGGCUUGACUCUUUCCUGUCCGUUCCCCUGCCAUCCCAGAGUGCCCUCUCCAUUCUUGCCUGGUGGGACUUGCUAUUUGAGGUGAAUUGACGCUCCAGUAAUCCUAUCAUCUCUGUGGAGGUGUCACUGACCCUGUGGAAAUGUGCCCUUUAUAUUCUCAGAGCAGAGCUCCGUGGAAUGGCCCUCUUCCACACACUCUCACCUGAUCCUUUGCUGCUGUGAGGAGAGUUCUGUCUCCAAGGGCAUUGGAGGGUGGGUAGGGGGGUGUAUGCAGUGGAAAGUUGGGGCCUGUCCUGCCCCACCUCUGGAGCAUGUGUUGGCCCUUUGCACACGUGCCUGCCCCUGAACCUUAUUUUCCUAAUCUGUGAAUUGUAGUUGGACCACAGCAUGGCCUCCUAUGCCCCUUCUAAUUCUGUGAAAAGGGUGAGCCCCCUUUAGGAAGCCUCUGGCACUAAGCCCCAGGGCUUUAGGAAGACAACUUUCCAUCAGGGGAAAGAAGGCUCACAGUUGUAAGCUUGGGAAAAGCUCCCUGCUGGAGAAGGCCCUAUGGGAAAAGGGAUUCUCAUCACAUGCAUGCUGGGGGUGGUCCAUGGGCAUGGGGCAGCCACCCCCAACCCUGACUUCUUUUCCACUCUCCUGUGACCCGGCUAGGUCAGCUCCCCCACAUGCUCCUUACAAAGGCUGGAGUUAAAACGACUAUGGUUCCCUAUUCUAGGUCAAAACCAGUGUCUUCCAAGAGCCCUCAACCUCAAAAGCUUUUUGAACCAAAAUCUUCUUGACUGCCCAAGGCCCAAAGCAGCAUGUCUCAGCGAGCAACACUCAAUGGUUAUCCCGGAGCGCAUGCCUGGAGUCUUUUGAGGGUGGCAGCCUUUGACGACCUGAGACUUUAGUGACCUGAAGCAUUGGGCUAAGUGUCAGAAUGAAUCGUGUGUAGGAGCUGAGGAGAAAAAGCAUUGUUGGGAGCUGGAUGGAUGGGGAAGGCUAGGGGAGGGAUGUGGGGAGGUGAGUAGGAGGAAGCCGAGAGCCCCUGGGGGAGGGGUCAACAUGAGCUUUGGGGUGUGCGCAGAUGAUCUGACCUGAGCUGGGGGGGUGUCUGGGCUGUCAGGACCAGAUCAAAUUGGCUGGGAAGAUGGAGCUGGAUUCCUUGGAGUCUUGAAUUCUGACCACUGGAGAUUUGAGACAAUAGAGUUCUGAACUGAAGCACCUUAUAAAUUAGAGUCCUCUUGUGUGUGAGGCGGAACCUUGGCUGUGCCCACUAACCUCGCUGAGCCUCGGUUGUGGCAUCUGUAAAAAGGGAACAGUGGUUAACUCUGUAAAGUCAGGAGAAGCACACUAGAUCUUUCUCGGCCUUCCCAGGUCUAAAAGUGGUUAAGACUGACUCGUUUGCAUCAGUUAGUAGCACACUGCAAUACUACAUAUCCUGCCGUCCCCUAAGAGUCUCUCUUCCAAUAAGAUGUGCUUCACAAGGUUCAGCUCAGGAGUUCGGCCCUCUCAGCUCCUGGUUCUUGUAGCCAUAUUUGUUCUAGGCGUCCAUCCCAGGUGGAUUCCAGAAGAGCAAGGAGGUUCCUAGCUUCCCAGCAUCAUCCAUCACCCUUAGCCAGAUGCCCGACUUCCAGCAGGAGUCUCAGCUGUUUACCGAGCUACACCUGGCCAAGGUAGAGAAAAUGUUUGAGGAUGACGUCAACUCAACUGGAGGUAAAGCUGCCCUGUGGCCUCAGUCCGUAUGGCUUCUGCGCAGAGCGGGACCCAGCACCUGGAGGGUGUGGAGGGUUCAGACUUGACAAGCAUCUUUGCAUCCAGUGUCUCCUUUAAGACUUUUUAUUGUUAUAUAGUAUUAUAAGCAUAUUAGAGGCUGUUUGGGACCUAGAAACUUAAAAACAAAAACCCUCUAACCAAACACCCAAAUGUAACCACUGUUAGCAGUUUGGUAUAUUUUCUUCCAAACAAUUUCAUAUGUGUGGUUUAUCAUCUAUUGCUGUGUAACAAUAUUCCUGCAAACUUAGUGGCUUAAACCAGCAUGUUAAUUGUCUCAGUUUUGGUGGGUCAGGAGUCAGGCACGGCUUAGCUCGUGGGUCUGCUCAGGGUCUCACUGGGCUGCAAUCCAGGUGUCAGCUGGGGCUGUGGAAUCAUCUGGGGCUUGACUGGGGAAGGAUCCACUUCUGAGCUCACUCAGGUUGUUGGCAGAGUUAGUUCCUUGCAGCCACAGGACUGAGACUUUCCAUUUCUUCCUGGCUGUUGGCAGGCAACUGCCUUCAGCUCCUAGAGCUGUCCACAGUUCCUGGCCAUGUAGGACUCACCAACAUGGCUGAUGUCAAGGCUCAAGCCGGCCAGGGAGAUAGAAACUCCAGCAAGAUGUGUGCGACAAUCUUAGAACAUAAUCAUGUAAUCAUGUACACAUGGUCCUGUACAUCCUGUCACCUCUGCCGUAUUCUGUUGGUUAGAAACAAGCCACAGGCCCUGCCACGCUCAAGGGGUCGGGAUCUCAGGAGGGCAUGAGCACCAGCAGGUGGACAUCAUGCGGGCCGCCUUACGUCUCUGCCACGCACGGCUAUGUGUGAUUUCACAUGUCUGUAAUUGUACUUUAUGUGUAAUUUCAGACCUUUUUUUCUCCUGAUAUUAAUACGUUAAGGGCUAGGGGUUGGUUGAGAGGCAGUUGUAAGAGCCCCAGCUCAUCACAUGACAGCCCUGCAUAGAGCAGUGGAGAUUAUAUCAGAGACGAGGGAAGACUUCCAGUUUCAAAUCCCUGCUGCGCCCCUGUGUGUCCUUGGGCAAAUCCCCAAACCUCUCUGUGCCUCUGUGUCUCAUCUAUAAGAUGGGAAAAAUGACAUACCUACAUUGUAGGAUCAUAGGAUUCCUGUGUGGAUUUAGGAGAAAGGGAAUUGAAAACCCCGUGCAAGUUUUCAGCCUGGGUGAUUGAGUGGAGGUGACGCCAUCAGCAGAGAUGGCGAACACAGGAAAGGGGAGCAAGUUGUGGGAUAAAGAUAAUAAAUUGGACUUUAGAUCUGCUGAGUUGGAGGAGCCAGAGGGACACUUGGAAAUAGAGUUAGGGAUAUGGGAGAGAAAUUGUCUCCUGAGAUGCGGAGAUGGGUGAAUAGAUGGGGUCACUCGAGGAGAGUGUCAAGCAGAACAGCAAAGAUAGUGACGAGAAGAGCCAAGGCAGAUGCUGAAUGCCAGGGCAGGGUGGGUGGUGGAGCCCGGAGCAGACAGAGCCUCCAGGGAGAUGGGAGUGGCCAGGGGGUCACCUUUGGAAGGGAGGAGGCCCCAAGGACAAGGAACGGCACCAUCGGGUGUGGUUCAAGGUCACUGGUGGCUCAGUGUAGUGGGCUGGCAGAAGCCAGGGAGCCCCCAGAAGGUGCCCUCCUGCCUGAUCCUAGUACUGACCCCUCCCCAGGGAGGGAUAUUUUCACAUUCAUGCUCUGAGAGCUAUUAAUUAACCCUUUGGUGUGAGAUAGGCGAGCACUUCCUUUCAGAGGCAAAGCAGAGCCCCUGCCUGGCCUCCACAGUGUACGUUUCCUUUCCAAAAUAGCUGUGUGUCUCUUCUCUUGUUAUUCCCAGAAAACUUUUAGUAAACUGUUUAUAAGAAGAAGUAUAUUAAAAUAUUACGGCAGUGGGCAAUGUGUAUGGUUUCCUAAACACCCAUGGAAGGACUCGGUCCCUACAGUGCUUUCCUGAGGAGUUUGUUCACUAACUGCCACAAAAAGGUGCUUUGACUCCCAGCUCUCUCCUGAGGGGAAGGCUCCGUGCUGGUGGGCUGUCAUCUGACAUCCAUCUUAUCCAUGGAAGGACCAUUAAGCGCCACUCAGAACGCGUAAGCCUCUUGGCGCUAGCUUCAGAUAAGCAAGACGAAUCCUUCUUUAAGCAAGACAAGUUCUGUUCAUGCUCUCAUUUGUUCCCUAAUCUAGCAAGAAAUAAUAGUAAUUGCUGCUGUAGCACUGUGCUAGGUGUUUUAUGAGGAGCACAUAGUAGGGUGAGAGCGUGACCUCUGGGGCCUGAUUGCUGGGGUCAGCCUCUGGUGCCGCCACUUACUGGCUACUGGUACCAGCCACGUGACCUUGGGCAUGCGACCUCACCUCUCUGUGCCAGAGUUCCCUCAUGAGCCUUCCCCACCACUAGGUGGUCAGUAUGAAUAUACACAGAUGAUACUGGGCCCCAGGAUCCUCGCCAUCGCACCCUAGUUCAGACAGAAACACUCGGGGAACAAACCUUUGCUGAGUGCUGGGGACCCAGUCAUGGAGGGGACAGGCUCACCCCUGCACUCCCAGAGCUCCCAGGCGGGACCAGUAAUGAGGAAUGUCGAGGGGACAGUGGAGCCGGGCAGUGGGGUGGGUGGCCAACUUAGAUAGUCCUCAGGAAGGCUUCCCUGUGGAGGGAACCAGACGGUGCAAAGGCCUUGCAGUGGGAGUGUGCUUGGUGGUGAGAGAGAAUGUGGUGACAUUGUGACUGGAGCAGAGAGUGAGGGGACCAUGGUGGGAAGGGAGGUUUGAGGGAGGCAGAAGGUGUGCAGCCCUCAGGCCAGGGUGAGGACCUCAAUUAUUUGGAGGGGUUUUAAAAGCACUUUUUAAGAACUGUGAUUAGAAACGACAUCUAGACGGGUUAUUGACCCAUUUGCAGACAGAUUUCCUUAGAGCCACAAAACCCAGUGUGGGGAGGAUAUUUUGUCCCCGCCCUCUCUGCCUCUCCCCUCCCCAUCUUUCCCUCCAGUCAAAGUUUGUAUUUUAAUUGCCUUUAAAAGAUGCACUUCACCUCUCCCUCUGUAUGUUGGAAUUUAUGUCUCUUUGUCGCCAUUAUUUGCUUUUUGGGGUCCUCAUCAGUUGUCUUUGUCUCACUGCCUGGCCUGUCGUAUUUGUUCAGAAAUGGGAUCUGAUCUUGGAUCUGACUUUUUAGUACCCCCUGGACCCCUGCUGUGGGGCCAACGCAGUGCUCUUGUGUGGAAGGGGUGCAGCCAGGAUCUGUGGGAUGAUGGAACAUUGAACAGAUGAGAUGCAAAAGGGAAGCCUGCAGAUGUGUGUCCCUCCCCGGUACCCAGACAUCCAGGAACACCGGUGAUGGGGCUGAGUGACUUGUGAUAAAGUGGAUGAUGUUCUUUCUUCUCCUUUGAAGCCCUGGACAAGAAGGCUUUCAUUAAGGCCAUGAAGAAGAUGGUGAGCGGUGUGUCAGACGAGAUGCUGGAGGCGCUGUUUUUGAAGGUGGACACAGACUGUAGUGGCUUUGUCACCUGGGUGAGGAGGCCGCCCCUGCUGCCACAGUAGCGGGAGGGAGGCUGGAGGGCACAGGGCUUGGCUGGUCCGUGGAGCACAUGAGGGUUUAAGAUGGCAGUCACGACAUCAGAAGACCUCCUGUGGGUUCUGGGGUGUUUGCUGGAUAGAGGGAACCCUUGGGUCUUUGAGGGGGCCCUCCUGAGACUCCUGUGAGCUGGGCUCAUCUCAGUUCAUUCCCCUCCCGGGGAACAGGCAAGUGUAUGACGAAUGUCAGUGACUCCUGCACAAGUGCACAGCCAUGAGCAGCAAGGGCCCUCCCCACCCGCUGCAGGGCUCUCCUGCACACUAGCCUCCCAUCGGCUGAGGGGAUGCCGGCCGAUGCCUCACCAUCUCGUGGCCCUUUAUGGUAACUCAGGACAGGCAAAUCUAUGGCUUAAAUCCAAGAAUGUGAGGGUUUUAGAGCAUGUUAAUAAUAAUGCUGGGUUUUUUUCCUGAUUCUAAAUGUUCUAUGAUGAGUACAUAUGGCAUUUACGAAUACAGAAUACAAAAGAAUACACAAAAGUACAAAAAAUUAGUCUGACAUGUUGAUGUAGUGAUGAUGACAUGAUCACCAGCGUUGGCACCAGUCACUGUGCUAAGCUCUUUAUUAUUUUACUUAAACCUUACAGGAAUCCUAAGAGGCUGGUGCUAUUAUUUACCUCCAUUUGAUAGAUGGGGAAACUGAGGCAUAGAGAAGUUAAGAAACUUGUCCAAGCUUACAGGGCUAGUUAGCAGUUGAGCUUGUCUUCAGACCCAGGGGCCUUGCCCCGAGAACCCGUUUGUUAACUGCUUUUUCAGACUUCUCCCUUGGUUUGGGUGCACAUUCUGUUCUUUGAUUUUUGUUUUUUGCAUUUCUUUCUCUUAAUAUGAUAUAAUAAGCGUGUUUCCAACAUCCUUUGCCAUCUACACAAUGAUUUUUCUUAAAUUCUUUGAUUUCUGUGUUUUGUUAUAGUUUCAUAUGGUAGCCCGUUUUGGCUUCAGCCAUGUUUUCAUGAGACUGGUCAGUGGAGUCUAGAGUUGCCCUAGUCGCCUGGCUUAUGGGUCCUCCCUGCUGCUAACUUGAUAUAUGAGCCGGGACAACUCCUAUACUUACAUGGCCCUCAGUCUUCUUAUCCAUAAAGUGGGGGUGAAUAAAGAGUUUCAGAUGAGGUGCUGGAUGUGGAGGUGAGGUGAUGAUGUGUUUAGCAUUACAGAAACACGUUAAGGAGGGAGGUGCUGCUGUGUACUUGCAAAUAGACCCUUCACGCAUUCCAGAUCCAAGAAGAGCUCUGUUGCUGGCCUGCUUCUCUUGGCCAGCCUCAGGAGACGGCUCCCAGAGCCCCUUGGAAGGGGCUGGGAGCGAUGGGGAGGACGCUGGAAGCCAGUCGUGGGUUCCCGGAGCCCAGUGUUCAGCCUCUCUGGCCAACGCCCUCCCUCCCGUGGGUUUCUUCCCGAGACAGCCGAAGUAUGUGGAUUACAUGAUACGCGAAUUCCGGGGGAAGGAGAUGAUGAAGAGCCAGUACCGUCUGCACUUCCAGCUUCCCAUGAGGAUCAUCCCCCUGAAUCAUGGGAGUGAGAUUGUGAAAGUGGAGUUUUUAAUCCAUCGGUUCAAGAAGACCGGGUAUUUCCUGACCAUCACCAAGGACGGGUUCCUGCAGUCCUGGUCCGAGUCCUUUGUGCUGAUCAACUGCUUUAGGCUUAACAAGAUCCAGCAGCUCCACAGCCAGCGUAUGUGGGUCAUCGACAUGGUGUGUCUCCACAACAUGAACCUGGUUGCCGUUGCGUCCACUGACCAGAGGAUAGGUGAGUCCCUGGCGGCUCCCCAGGCCUGCUCUUGGCUGUGGGGAGCCACGCAUUUGCGCUUGGAGAGAUCUGUCCGUGAGCCAACCAGGAGUCUGGAUCAGAACCCUCUAGGAACACCACGGGGCAGUGAGCAGUGGGGCUGCUGGUCCUCACCAGAGACCCCUGAGGCGGGGAUGUGGGUGUGGGUUCCAUGCGUGCCUCCCUGUGUCUUUUCCGCAGAGUUCUUUGAUAUCAGUAACCAUAGCUGUGUCCCGGCCUUCACCUUCAUCGAUCUGGACAGCUGUGUCCUGGUCAUGGACUACUGGUCUGACUAUAGCAGAGGUGUGUUCUGCUAUGGGGACACCAAAGGGAACGUCUUCGUCUUCACCUCCGACAAUGUGACCAACGGGCUGUUCAACCCCCAGAUCUUCCCCAAGGCCUCCAAAUGGGAUCAGGGGAUCAAGGUUUCCACGCAGAAGCUCUUAAAUGAGAAGUCCCCUUUGCACAGAAGUUACCGACUGAAGGCUCUGCAUCCCAACUGGUGCCAACAGGUCAAGUUCAUCCCCCAGCUGAACCUGGUGGCCUCCUGUUCAGCCAUUGAGAAGUCCUCUCUGGUGCUGACGAUAUUGCCAUCCAAAGCCCCCGAGAAUCCCAAGUUUUCAGUGCUGAACUUGAGAAGAGGAAUUCUUUGCUUCGAUUACUGCCCAGACAAGAACUUCCUGGUGACCGGUGGCUAUGAUCCUCUCAUCCGCCUGUGGAACCCCUUCUUUUCGAAAAAGCCUGUGUGGCUGAUGAAGGGGCAUCAGACCUCAGUGACACACAUCCUUGUGAACAGCCAGAACAGCAGCAUCCUCCUCAGUGUCUCCAAGGACAAGAAUAUCCGCGUGUGGGACAUGCAGGACUACAUAUGCCUCCAGUCCUUCUGCGGGAAGCUUUUUGCCCUGGGAAACUGCCCCAUCACCAGCGCCUACUUCCACAAGAACGACAACACCCUCAUCUGCAGCACCUAUUCGAUUGGGAUCCUGAAAGGGUACUUAGAGACCCAGGGGCCUGGGAAGGCCGGGGAGAAGAUCACGACCCACAGCACCCCGCUGUGCAACGUCCUCUACAGCAAGCUCUUUAAGCAGGUGGUGAGUGGCUGCCUGAGUGGCAUAGUGAGCGUGUGGGAGAUGGUGACGGGCAGGAGGAUGCUGGAGUUCUCUGUGACCGGUGACGAGGACGUGGAGCUGACUGCCAUGUCCCUGGAUGAGUCGGAGCGCUGCCUGCUCACAGGUUUGCAGGACGGCACCGUGAAGAUGUGGAACCACAGCAUCGGCGAAUGCCUGCUGACCUUCCCCUCCCAGGAUCAGCUGGAGAUUAGUGGGAUUGUCCAUAUGAACAAUGUGUUCUACGUGACUGGGUGGAGUAAGAGAAUCACUUGUUUCAGGUUCCACAAGGCCAAGCCAGUGCUCUUGUCCUACCACUGGCAGACCUUCCACAAGGAGGACGUCCUGAGCAUGGCCAAGUACCAGAACCAGUUCCUCGGGACCUCCUCCUACAACGGGGACAUCCUCUUCUGGAAUGUCAGCAUGUUCAGGCCCAUCUUCAAUUUCAAUGCUUCUGAGAGCCCCUUGCCCUUGACGCCCAAGAGGGUGCGAGCAGCGGACGACUUCCUGGGCCAGAUGCACUGUCCCAGCAAAUCCUGCUUGCGGCUGACGUGGGCCCACAGGAGCUCAGAGCAGCCCCAGGACUCCAGUGAGAAGACUGUGGCCAAUGCCAACCUGAGACGGACCCUGACGUCAGCCCCCCCGGUGAUGAGACAAUCCAGAGACAAGGACCCAGGCAGGCCUGUGCCCCUGCAGAAACCUCUCAACACUGGCAGCCCCAAGCCGUCAAGAAUGCCGCGUGGCACACAGUCACUUUUAACAGAGGCUGAAAAGAGAAAAGGGGAACUCAUGAAGAAGAUAUCGCUGCAGUCCAAUGCAUCGGUGGAGAAGAUAAUCUUCCUGCAGACCAGGCCUCGCCUGCCACACACAGCCGCCCUGCUGAGCAGCUGCGCGGAUGGUUGCAUCUAUGCCUGGUCCAUCCAUGGGAAUGGUGGCCUGCUGGGGAAGUUCCCUGUGGACUUGGAAGACAAGUGGGACGUGGUUGUGGGCGCCAUGGCCACUGAUGAAAAUGACUGCAUCCUUGUCACAGGGGAUAAUAAAGGACACAUCAAGAUCUGGGACAUCAAGGAUUACUGCACACCCACUGACAAGCGGUCAUCCCAACACAGUGGAGUAAACAAGUUCCAGUUCUUAAUUCCUAAACGGAUCCGGACCAGCCUCCCAUACUACGUCCCCUUGAAGGAGAAGGAGGUCGUGGCUGGCCAGACCAUUUCCCUAGUCCCCCCCAAGCUUCUGAUUACCUGGAAGGGCCAUUUGGGUAGUGUGGCAGACAUCCUGUAUGUGGACAGCUUCCAACUGGUUAUCAGCGCUGGGCAGGACCGGGACGUCAAGGCUUGGAAACUCACCGGUGAUGCCAUUGGCACAUUCGGCCUGAGUGUUUGGAAAAGGCUGCAGGAUACCCAGGUGGCUGGUGAUCAUGAACUAACAAAAACCUUCAAAGAGGAGGCUGCCUCCAUGGCCGCUGCCCAGAAGUCCUACUCAGAGCUGCGGGAGGAGCGGGACCUUGCGGAGGCCCUGGUGCACCAGCGGCGGGAGCAAGCGGCCCUCCUGGCACUCCUGAGUGGGAAGCUGGACUCGGAGGCCGAGGCUUGGGCCAGGCUGCAGAAGAUAAUGCUGACAUCCCCAUGGGCUGGAGGGCGCUCCUCUGAAGACAUUGAGAACAGCUGGCGCGAGUGGGAGUCCCAGGGCAAGCAGGGGAGCAGAGUUGUGGGAGCAGCGUACAAGCCCAGGGAGCGGUCGCGGAGUCCCGGCCUCCUGUCCACUAAUGUGCCAUACGGCUGGAUGAAGUACCAGAUCUCAGCUCAGGUCUACCAAAGCUUACACUUCAGUGAACUGGCGCCCACCGACCAGACUGACUUCAUGAUACACAAGGUCCCGGGCCAGCAGGGCUGGCUCACCUAUCUGGCGACCGAUGACAUCCAGAAGGACCUGGACCCCUACAGGGAGACCAUGACCAACACCAUAACCAGCAUGUCCACUGCCAUCCCCUCCCGCUCCUCCCUUGCCUCGUCAGCCUCAGGCUCCGGGACCCUGGUGUCCAGCUUGUCCUCCUACCCUUGGGUCCAGCCCUCCCCGACCUUGCUGCGGCCCUGGUCAGCUGCCACAGCCCAGUCCUCCCCCACAGCCCUGUCCCAGGCAUCCGGGUUCACCCUGCAGAGGUCGGCGACCCCCAUACCUGUCGCCUCCUCUCUCAAGCAGCACUCAAGGCCUGAGAAGGCCACCCUUUUGUCCUCCAUGAAAAAGGGCUCCCACGUCAGGUUCUGAGAUGGCCGUCCUUCUCUCCAGCCCUCCAGCAGAGCCGCCAGGCCCACAGGGGUCCUUCUGUCCUGGUUUACCCUCUGCCAGGCCAAGAGGAUACGAGCCUUCCCUGGGCUGUCCCCACUCUGCCCAGCCGGUGAAGCUGACCUUCUUCCUUCUCCAGAGUCCUGCCGAAGAAAAUAAAUGUCCCCAGAUGUUGGAGUCCCACAGCCACGA